AUGGACUACAGAAGAGACGGAGGAAGACAAAGGUGGCUGCUUCCUGUUAAGGAAGAUUCACGUUAUAGAAAGAGAACCUUUUUUCGGAGGACUGGAAAAAUUACGAAAUAUCAACUGUCCCUUACUAAUAAGGACACCCUCAUUAUUUACAAAACUUCAGAAAACGGGCUAAUUCUUUCACUAAACUCCGUAAGAAAGACUAGUGUGACUACGCAGACCGUUACUAUGAAUACUGGAAGAGUUUUGCUUGUCUGCCGCUACAGAAUUGUAUUUGACUUCGGAACUCUCAAUAUCUUCCUUAUCAAUGAUGCUAUUCACAGAUGGAGAGUUGCUCUUGACGAAGUUAUCGACAAAUAUUCUCGUCUUUACUACGAGCUUCCUGAAGAAUCCAAUACUGUCUCUGAAAAGCAAGGUUGUCUGUCGCCAAGGUGCCAGGAAACUCAAAAGAGCACCCCAUGCAAUGAUUCGGUUGUGUGCACAGGAACGCCCUCUAAGCUAACGCUUGAAACGGAGCCAAGUCGCAGAUCUUCAGUAGGUUCUCCUUAUAUCUCAAGUUCCAGCAAAGAUGUGUCUGCGAGAGAACCCCUGCAGUCAGUUCGUCGUGGAAAACGAAGUGUGGCCAGUCUUAGAGCUCGUAUUCAACGUAAGAUCUGCGCUACCUCAUCGCUCCGCCCGUUCAAAAGUAAGCAAAGCGUGGAGCCGUCAAAAGCCUGCCAGGUUUACGAGAGAGAGCUUCUUCAAAUGCCUCGGCUGGUGCCCCCAAUGAGGAAGCGCAGGAGCAAUGAUACUAUUGAACCACUCGUCGUUAUGUCAGAGACAUCUGCCACUUCUGUUCCUCCACUUCCUAGCAACCCACCUCCCAGUCUCUCAUGCACUAACCAGCAUAAUUCCUCCAAACAGGAAGAAGUCGAUGCCGCAUCUCCACCAAAGAAUGUGUCUUUCAAAACGGCAUUGACAAGCUCUUCCUAUCAGAAACCUAACAACUCUGAUGUUAUGCUGUCGCUGUGCACUACACCAUCCGCUUCUUCAGAGUACCCAGAGGAUGCCAACACUGCCAUUUCGGAGAAAUCUGCGAUUUCUAAAAAGAGCGUCAAAGUGAACCAGGCACCUGCUUCGGCGAACGUACUGACCCAUUUAAUUGGAGACAACCCUGAUGACUCUGAAAUUGUUCAAGAUUCUGGUAUUGAGAAUCAGAUCACCCCAAUGAAGCCAAUGAGAUAUUUCACAAGAACCUCGGCGGUUUUGGAAACAGGAGAUUCGCGCCUUAGCAGCAGUAAGACGGACCCGCCUACAAAAAUUCUUGUCACUAGUGCUGUCGCUGAGGAAACUCCCGAUGCUCCUGCAAAACCCUUGCGACCCCUCAUCGUGCCAUUCACAAUUAAAAAACCUCAUCUUCUAGCUAGACCCAACAUCUUCGCAACUCCUAUCCGUCCACCUCGUGGUCGUGAAGCCGUCCACUUUUCCAUUUCUCCUUAUCAGUCCGGAGAUGAAGACAACUCACCGAAUGAGUCUAGAAGUCACGAAAAAACUUCGCUACCGAACACGGCCGAAGAUGUGCUGUUGGAUGCUGUAAACCAAGCCGAACAUCCAGAAAACACCGAAUCAAUUCCUUCCGGAGAAAGUGAAAAUGAAGACUGGCAAAAUUCUCAAAUGGCAUAA